AUGAAUUUCAAGAAUGACUUUGAUAUGUUUGUUGGUGGUAAAUCUGGAGUAUUUAAAGGAGUUAAAAUUGAUAAAAAUAAAUGUAUAGCAAAAAAUAUACAAAAUUUAGUAUCAAUUACAAAAGAUCAUGAAGUAACAACAAUGUCUUGGGGUGAUGAUGAUGAUGAAAAAGAUGUUCUUAUUGGUUGUGGAUCUGCUGAAAAUCGAAGUGUAAAAGUUUACGACUCACAACACUCGGCUUUUUCGACUUCGUUUUCCUGCAAUGUCAGUGCUGGAAAAAUUCGUGGAAUUUCUCGUUACAAUGAUUGUAUAAUAACAGCAGUAGAAUCUGGAGACAUUAAUCUAUGGAGACGCAGCGAAAGUAUAAAAGUUAUAAAAACGAAUGAGGAUUUGCACGCCAUGAGACACAAUAAAUUCAAUAAGAAUAUAAUAGCAACCGGAGGAAAAGAGCAUCCUUUGCAAUUAUAUGAUUUGGAGCAAGACAAAGUAACGUUCAAAGAAAAAAACGUUCGACAUGACUGGUUGGAGAUGCGUGUACCCGUCUGGGUAUCUGAUAUUGGUUUUUUACCAGAUUCGUCUAAGAUAGCAACUUGCAGUCGCUAUGGAUACGUACGGUUGUAUGAUCCUCUUAUACAAAAAAGGCCAGUUAUUAAUAUUGAAGUCAAAGAUCAAGCUCUAACUACUCUAGCAAUUGCGCCAAAAGAAAAUCAUAUCGUAGUGGGCUCCGGCAAGGGAAUAAUGAAUUUAGUCGAUUUACGUAAACCUGGAAAGGUAUUGAACACUUACAAAGGUUUUGUUGGUGGUAUUACUGCUAUUUCUUGUCCUAAAAAUAAUCCUUACAUUGUAAGUGUUGGAUUAGAUCGAUAUUUACGUGUUCAUAACAUUAAUACCAAGGAAUUGUUACAAAAAGUUUAUUUGACAUCAAGACUGAGUAGUAUGGUAUUGAGAUCUGAGUUUGUCUUGAAACAAGUAGAAAGUAAAGAAAACAUAACGAAUGAUGAAAAUAUCCAAAUAAUUGACGAUAGUCAAAUUAAAAACGACACAGAAUACGAUGAGAUGUUUAAUAACAUGCCAGUCAUUUCUAAUGAUGAAAAUGACCGAAAUUAUAAUGAGAAUAUUAUUAUAAAAAAAAGAAAAAUUGUAAAAAUUAAAAAAUAA